AGGUGCGACUGUGUCGGCUUGCCUUGCCCUUUCGGGUUUCCUUAUUGAGCUUUUCUGAGGCAACAGCGAAUGGAGGCUAAAGAGGAUUUUGGACGAUAGUGGACUGGUUAGAGUCCGGUAACAAUAGCGACCUGGUGGAGGCGAUGGCAUGGUUGCUACAGCAUUGAAAUAUAAAUUACUAACGUUGCCAGGAUACUGGAUCAACAUGCUGCGAGAUACACGGAAAUUGAUAGUGAAUCCCAUCAAAAUGUGUCUGUAUUGCAGAAGAGCAAGAGUUCUGGCUUUUAGAAACUUCAAAGAGUGUUUCACUCUUCAAAGAAAUUACAGUUAUCAAGGAGGGGAGGUGAAGUCUUUGCGCUCAAUCAUCACUCCACCUGUGUCUAAAAUCCGCAACAUUGGUAUUAUGGCUCAUAUAGAUGCAGGAAAAACAACCACCACAGAAAGGAUGCUGUAUUAUUCUGGGUACAUUAGAACUCUUGGAGAUGUUGAUGAUGGAGAUACUGUAACAGAUUUCAUGGCACAGGAGCGAGAGCGUGGCAUUACCAUUCAAUCUGCUGCUGUAACUUUUGAUUGGGAAGGCUAUAGGAUCAACCUGAUAGACACACCAGGUCAUGUGGACUUUACAGUGGAGGUGGAACGUUCUCUGAGAGUGCUGGAUGGAGCAGUGGCUGUAUUUGAUGCUUCAGCUGGGGUAGAGGCCCAAUCUCUGACAGUCUGGAGGCAAGCUGACAAGAAUCAUAUUCCACGUAUUUGCUUCUUGAACAAGAUGGACAAAAAUGGAGCAAGUUUCACCCUUGCAGUUGAGAGUAUCAAGCAGAAGUUGAAGGCUAAGCCUUUGCUUUUACAGUUGCCCAUUGGAGAAGGAAAGAGUUUCAGGGGAAUAGUUGAUGUAGUGACCAAGGAACAACUUGUCUGGAAAGCAGCUGCUGAGUUAGAUGAUGGAAAGAUGUUUGAGCGGAAAUGCUUGACUGAAACUGAUGAUCCUGACUUGUUGCUGGAUGCCACUGAUGCAAGAACUGCCUUGAUAGAACAACUUGCAGAUCUGGAUGACGAAUUCGCUGAAUUGGUCCUUGGGGAUUUCUGUGAUAAUCUUGAUUCAGUACCAGUGGAUGAGUUACAUUCUGCUGUACGAAGAAUAACUCUCGCUCAGAAAGCAGUGCCUGUGUUCUGUGGAAGUGCACUGAAGAAUAAAGGUGUUCAGCCAUUGCUGGAUGGAAUCACCAAGUAUUUGCCUGCACCAGAUGAGUGUCGCCAUGACUUUCUGCAGUGGUACAAAGAUGACUUGUGUGCUUUGGCAUUUAAAGUUCUCCAUGACAAGCAGCGUGGGCCACUGGUUUUUUUGCGUAUUUACUCUGGCAAAAUGAAGCCUCAGUCAUCUGUGUAUAAUAUUAACAAAAAAUGCACAGAGAGGAUGAGUCGUCUGCUCUUGCCUUUCGCUGAUCAGCAAGUAGAAAUUGCCUCACUAACAGCUGGCAACAUUGUCCUGACUGUUGGGUUCAAACAGACCGCCACUGGCGACACCAUUGUUUCAUCAAAGUCUUCUGCAGUGACUGCAGCUCAACAAGCUGGAAGAGAUGUGGGGUCAAAGCACAGUCGAACCAGUGAAGUAGAGAAUCUUCUUUUGGCUGGCAUUGAUAUUCCAGAGCCAGUCUUCUUUUGUACAAUAGAGCCACCGUCUAUGGCCAGGCAACCAGAUCUGGAUAAUGCCUUGGCGUGUCUGCAGCGAGAGGAUCCAAGUUUGAAAGUCAAGAUGGAUGCUGACACAGGGCAGACUAUUCUUUGUGGCAUGGGAGAGCUGCACAUUGAGAUCAUUCAUGACCGAAUCAGACGUGAAUAUGGACUUGAGACUUACCUUGGACCUCUUCAGGUAGCUUACCGAGAAACAAUUGAAAACUCAGUUCAAGCUACAGAUACACUGGACAGAACUAUAGGAGAAAAACGACACCACGUCACAGUGGAACUGGAACUGAAACCCUGCGUAGGAGAAAUGUCAGUUACUGCACCAGUCAUUGAGUAUGCUGAAAAUAUCUCUGACUUGCUUCAGCCAGACCUUCGUGAAGCUGUAGAAAAUGGUAUCCAUUCCUCAUGCCUUCAAGGACCACUUCUGGGGUUUCCUGUUCAGGAUGUGGUAGUGACGGUGCACACUGUGGCUGUAAACCCUGAGACGUCUUUGACAAUGGUUUCUGCUUGCAGUGCUCGAUGUGUGCAGAAGGCUUUGAAGAAAGCUGAUAGAAAACUUCUGGAACCUCUCAUGAACCUGGAAAUAACCAUGGGUGAUGACCACCUUGGUGUAAUUCUUGGUGAUCUUGCACAGAGAAGAGGCAGUAUUCAGGAAAUUCAGAGUCGCCAAGAUAACAAAGUGGUGAUUGCAUCAGUCCCACUAGCAGAAAUGAUGGGUUAUGCAACAGUUUUGCGCACUUUGACAUCUGGCACUGCCACCUUUACAUUGGAAUUAGCAAGCUACCAAGCAAUGGGCAUUCGUGAACAAACAGUUCUGCUUAAUAAGAGGAGUGGUUUGGCAUAACGUUAAUGAACAAGGACUUGUUUCCCCUGUGAGACUAAAAGAGGUUUGUCUGUUCCAGUUUCAUUUUGUGAUUGGAAUAGAUUAUAUGCUGAAGGACUAAAACUGAAACCGUAGUCAACUGCUAGUUCUGCGUUUUCUGUAUCAUUACAUUGCAGGCUAGUGGUUUUCUACUUACAGUGAACUGGAGUUCACAGUACUUUCCUUCCAGUAUUUAAAUGAAAACUGGUACCCAACCAAAGGAAGCCAUGUCGAGAAAAUCCCUUAUAAAAGAUGUUGUAAUCCUUGAACGUUUGCCUCUAAUUCUGCACCCCACCUAACCUAGAUCAUCAGAACAUUAUCAUUCUUCCAUCCACCCACCCAGUCUUUGCUUAUAUACAUCCACCCCUCAGCCUGAAAUAUGUACCUCUUUCCCUUACUGUGUCUGCAGUUCUCCUCUGUAUGGUCACUCAUUUCCUCUCUGCUGCCUCCCUCCAUGAUGUACAUAGAAUAGGGGAAGGCAAUUUGGUGUGCCAUCCAGACAUGUCGUACUGCAGCUCCUGGAACCUCAGGCAAUUGGCCCUGCAGGCUCAGGCUUACUGAAAUUAUAGUUGGAAACAUCUGGAGGUUGCUUACCCCAAGUCAGUCUUACUGGCCAGUUUGUUCUUCUUGCACCACAAAAUAAAUGCUGUUUCUAUUGAAAAAGAAAUCAUGGCUGUGUCACGGAGCUGGCACCUAUGGUGUAUGAUUUUCUAUUUCAUUAAGUGGGGAAAAAAGUAGUGUUUACAGCUGGAUUAUGCAGGGAUUUCAGCCACAUUGUUAUUAAAACAAUUUUAUUUAAAAACUA